AUGGUGUGUAUCAAUGGAAUAAUUUUUACAUCACGACAAAAAAUAUUUCCUUGUAAAUGUAAAAAAUGUCAAAAACUGAAUGAGAUGAAAUGGAAGAAACCACUAACGAUUAAGAGGUUUAUUACUGUUUUAAUAACAAUAGUUUUACUAUUUUUAUUUUAUACCUUAAACAAACAACGAAAAAAAUAUUGUACUGAAGUCAUUGAACCAUAUAAUCCAUUUAAAGUUUUAAAUAUCUCUAAUUCAUCAAAUAGACUUAAUAUUGAACAACGAUUCCAUGACAUUCAAUUAAGAUAUUUAAUAAAAAAAGUAACUCUUGAAGAAGAAAAGGUAUAUCUUCGGCAAAAAUAUGCAUAUGAGUUAUUAAGGAAUGACAAUAGGUUCUUAGAAUGGAAAAGUCAAUGGGACAAAUUAACAAACUCUACUCAUUUAAUUGCACUACCUUCUAUUUUUCAACCAAACACUAAUUUUAUGUACACAGUCUUUAUGAUUUAUAACACAACAAUUUUUUUAAUAAUACCAAUAAUAUUACUCAUUAGUUCUAGAAUUUCAUCUUCUUAUAGAACCACAAUUAAUAAGAACAAUGAAACAUGUUCUCAAUAUAAACAACUUUAUGAAAAAAUAUUUGAUAACUUUGUAUCAUUCUCAUUAAUCAUUGAGGCAAUAAGUUCAACUGCACUAGUACAAAGACACAUUACAUAUAAUUCAUAUGACUCAAAAUUCUUACCACAAAUUAGAAGUAAAGUAAAUCAAGACCUUUUAAAUACACCUCAUAUCCAAACAAAAGAAGUUGUUAAAGCACAGACAUUAAUUUGUGCAUACCUCAUGAGAAUUAAACUACCAAAAUAUCUUAAAUAUACUCUUUAUUCAAUGCUACCUGACUUAAGAAAAAUAAUUACUGAUUUAAUCAAUUACUUCUUCUCCAAGGGGAGUCUGGAUGCAAUGGUAUUAACUACAAGAAUGGGCCAAAUGAUUGCACAAGCAUGUACAGUUGAGACUGAAUAUCUUCAAUUACCUGAAUUUCAAUCAAGUCAAGUAAUAUAUAUGAAAAAAAUUACAACAUCUCAAUUGGGAUCAAUCAAUACAUUAGAACGCUUACAAAAACUUCAUGAAAUAUGUUAUAAUGAACACCAACUAAAUUUAUGGAAAAAUUAUUUAAUGUACUUUCCUGCAAAUAUGGAAAUUGAUUUGGGAUUAAAUAAAGAAAUUAGUUAUAACUCUCGUUCAUUUGACUUAGAAAUUAGAAUAAGAAGAAACCUUUUGACUUACAAUUUACAACAAUCAACUGAUCCAGAAACAAAUCAAAGUACAGAAUUAAUAGAAAAAGAUAAGACAAUUCGUAGUCAUACCCCAUUCUUAAGAAAAGCAAUUAAAGAAAGAUUCUAUUUAUUUGUUGAAAUAGAAAAUCAACAUUUAGUGUGUUAUAAAGAAAUAUUAAAAAUACCUUUUUCACCAAAUAUAUUUACUAUUAACAUUCAUGUCCCAAUUCCUCUAAAUAUAAAUUCAAUUAAUUUCUGCAUUUAUUUAAUUUCAAACAGUUAUUUAGGAUGUGAAUAUUGUAUGAAGAAAAAUAUUAAAUUAUUGUAUGCUUAA